AUGGUUGCCGCUGCGAAGCUGCGAUCCGUCCAAACUCUCCAAGAGAACUCACGCCCGUUCGCGAUUGGCCUCCAGGAUUUCUUCAAAACCAUGGACGAGGUUGAGGCCGCCACUAAGCCAGAUGCUAGUGAUGAGGCCAGCGGGUCCAAGUCGCGUUUUGUCAUUGCCGUCACGUCCGAUCGCGGCCUUUGCGGCGGUGUCAAUUCUUCAAUUGUCAAAAAAGUUAAGGCGAUGAUUGGCGAAGCUCCUGAUGUUAACCAUGCUAUCAUGCUCCUGGGCGACAAAGGUCGCGACGGCCUCUCUCGCGUUCACGGAAAAAGCAUCAUUUUGUCGUUCAAGGAUGUCUUCAAGGUUCCUGUUUCCUUUCCACAAGUUUGCCUCAUUGCGGAGGACAUUUUGAGUCGCGAUUACGAUGAAAUUGUCCUUGUCUACAACGAGUACAUUUCCGUCAUUUCUCAGGAAGUCAUCCAGAAGCCGAUCGUCGGGCUCAAGGCUCUCAUGGAAUCAGCCGAGGCUUUCGACGAAUACGAAUUCGAUUCCGACAUGGACUCUGCACAGGUUCUCGUUGAUUUGUUCGAGUUUCAGCUGGCCACCCAGAUUUUCAACGCGUUGCUCGAGAACGCCACCUCCGAGCAGGCCGCCCGUAUGUCUGCCAUGGACAGCGCCUCACGAAAUGCCUCGGACAUGCUUCAAACAUUGACUCUGUCCUACAAUCGCCAACGCCAGGCCGCAAUCACCCAAGAGCUCAGCGAGAUCACUUCAGGUGCCGCCGCUCUCGAGUAG